AUGGAAGGCAAACCGUUUCAAAAAAGAAAAUUAGGUUUGCAAAUAAACUCGCAAGAUAGUGGAACAAGCCAGACAACAUUUCACUCGACUCAAGAUUUAGUAGACGAUGUAAUUAAUGAAAGCUGGGAUCGUGUAAAUCAAGGGAAUAAUGAUGCAGGCAAGCAGAUUUUUCAUGAUCAGGUAGAUUCUUCCCCGUCCUUAUCGGCACAGAAAGCGAAUACGAAAGAGGAAGAGGUAGCUAUCAAGUCAUCGAACUCACAAUCAACAGACCCUCUUGCAGACACUCGAGAAAAUAUUCCAUACACGUAUUUUAGCAAGGAUCGAAGGUUAAUUAUUUUUGGUAUUAUCAUUUUUAUAGGGUUUUUGGGCCCAAUGUCAGGAAAUAUAUACAUUCCAGCGUUACCUCUGUUACAAAGAGAAUUUGGUGUAAGUGCAACGACGAUAAAUGCUACAGUUUCUGUAUUUAUGGCCGUUUUCUCAGUAGGCCCACUCUUUUGGGGCGCUCUUGCAGAUUUUGGAGGAAGAAAAUUCCUAUAUAUGGCAUCGUUAUCACUAAUGUUAAUUGUUAAUAUACUAUUAGCUGCCGUACCGGUGAAUAUUGCGGCGCUCUUCGUAUUGAGAGUUUUCCAAGCUUUCGCUUCCAGUUCUGUAAUUUCUUUGGGGGCCGGCACCGUAACAGACGUUGUUCCUCCCAAACACAGAGGAAAGGCAAUAGCGUACUUCAUGAUGGGCCCAAAUAUGGGUCCCAUCAUAGCACCUAUUGUUGCUGGACUAAUUUUAAUGAAAGGAGAUUACUGGAGAUGGCUUUUUGGUUUCACUGCUAUUAUUGCAGGAAUAGCGUUAAUCUUGGUAAGUGCGCUUCUUCCAGAAACAUUGCGUUGUAUUGUUGGCAAUGGGGAUCCUAGAUGGAGUGAAAAAAAGAAUGAAUCAAAGAAUAAAGAACAUUCAUCCGUGAAAGGAAAUGAAAUAUUACGUUGGCAUCUAUUCCCAGACAUGGGUAUUCGCAAACCAGUCACUAAUGAUCAAUUUUUUCGACAAAAAUUUCCAAAACCACCUAAAGCAGGUAUAACUCUAUACUGGAAAAUGAUUAAAUGUCCCCCAAUUUUAAUUACAUCAAUCAGCACUGCACUUUUAUUUUCCAGUUACUAUGCCUUUAGCGUUACAUUUUCAUAUUAUCUUGAAAAUGACUACCAUUUUACUAUGUUAGAAAUUGGUGCUGCUUAUGUCUGUCCAGGUGUAGCCAUGUUACUAGGAUCUCAAUCUGGUGGCCACCUUUCAGAUUAUCUUCGCUCACGCUGGAUCAAAAGUCAUCCCGAAAAGAAGUUUCCUGCAGAGUGUCGUUUAUUAUUAAAUCUAGUUGGGAUUUUACUAACGAUAUGCGGUACAGUUGGAUAUGGUUGGUCGAUCUUCUUUCAUUAUCACUUUGUAGUUCUUUUGGUUUUCUCUGCUCUCACUGCUUUUGGUAUGACCUGGUGUAGCAACACCUCAAUGACAUAUCUCACUGAGUUAUUCCCUAAAAGAGCCGCUGGGACUGUCGCGGUUAGUAGUUUCUUUAGAAACAUUGGUGCAGCGGUAAGUUCUGCUAUUAUCUUACAACUUUGUAGAGCAAUGGGAGUUGGGUGGUGUUUUACCGGGCUGGGUAUGUGCAGCUUGAUAUCUUUGAUUGGGAUGUUGUAUCUAAUCAUUUCUCAAAGAAAAUAUACUCCGGAAGAUUUUUAA